GUCGUCUCUCGUCCUCUCAACUUUCCACCACCUCUCUCGAUCUUACCGUCAUGGGCAAAGCCUUCAAACAUUUCGCUCACACCAAGGUCCUCGUCAUUGGUGGAGGCCCUGGCGGCGCAUAUACUGCGUCGGUACUAGCCCGAGAAGGCAUCCAAGUGACGCUCCUCGAGGCCACUAAAUUUCCUCGAUACCACAUCGGCGAGAGCAUGCUUCCCUCCUUGAAGCUCUUCCUGCGAUAUAUCGGCGCCGAAGAGAAGGUUAAGCAAUACGGCUUUUGUGUAAAGCCAGGGGCCGCAGUCAAACUUAACGGCCGCAAACGAGAAGGAUAUACUGACUUUCUGCGACACGACCCUAACAACGGAUCAUGGAAUGUGACUCGGGCAGAGUUCGACGAAAUCCUGCUUCGCCAUGCUGCAGAGUCUGGAGCCACAGUACUUGAGCAACACAAGGUCAAUACAAUCGAGUUCGUACGUGACGCAGAUGGCAAGCCUACUUCACGCCCGUGUGCUGCUACUCUCUCCCAUCCUUCCGGCGAUGGAAGAAUUACUUUUGACUACUUGAUUGAUGCCUCUGGACGCAAUGGGAUUAUGUCGACCAAGUAUCUCCAUAACCGCCGCAUGAACAGUUCGUUGAAGAACCUUGCUUGUUGGGGGUAUUGGUCCGGAGACUUGAAGAUGUACAAGCCUGGCACGGGACGGGAGAACGCUCCCUGGUUCGAAGCCCUUCAAGAUGAAAGUGGAUGGGCAUGGUUCAUCCCACUAACUGGGAAGGUGUCUGUCGGAGUCGUCAUGGAUCAAGAGAUCUCCAUCAAGAAGAAGGCUGAAGGGCGGGCCAAAAACUCCAACUUCACUCUGAAGGACCACUACCUCGAACAGCUUGAACUGGCGCCUGGUGUCAAAGAUCUUCUCGGGAAUGGAACCUUGACCGACGAACCGGUACGCUCUGCAAGUGACUACAGCUAUUCUCCCGAUCGCUUCUCUGGCGAUCACUUCAGACUUGUUGGCGAUGCUGGAGCGUUCAUCGAUCCUUUCUUCUCGUCAGGGGUGCAUCUGGCGAUCCUGAGCGGAUUGACUGCCGCAAUUACGGUGUCUGCUUCAAUGAAUGGUCAAUGCAGCGAGGAAAUGGCAGCCGACUUUUUCCACAUCAAGGCAUCCACAGCGUACACACGUUUCCUCAUCGUCGUUUUGAGUGUAUACAAGCAAAUCAGGGCUCAGUCGCUCGACGUAAUGAGCGACGUCGACGAAGAUAACUUCGAUAGGGCGUUCGACAUGCUGAGACCAGUCAUUCAAGGCACGGCAGACGUAGGAAAGAAGCUCACAGACGACGAACUACAAAAAACCCUCGACUUCUGCCAACACGUCUUUGCCGCCGCAGACAACGACAUCGUCGACGAAGUGGCAUCCAGAUGUCAACCAGAACUUCUUUCCAUUGCAGCGCCAAUCUUCAGCGCAGAGCAGCUAAACGAGAUGAUCGACCCCAAUGACGCAGAUGCCGCAGCUGUCAUUAACAGAAUUAACUCUUCCAAGGCGUUGGCGUCGAUGUAUGUUGGCGGUCCUCAGCUGAUUGAAAGCGAUCCCGUCAAUGGAUUCGUCGCCACCCUUGAGAAGGGAAAACUGGGUCUUGUGCGAAUCUGA